GCUGUGUGUGCGUGGGCGGCGGCCGGCGGCGCUGCCCUUCGGCUGCAGCGCGGGCCCGCGGCCAUGCUGCGCGCGUGCCACCGAGCGGGAGCCGCUGCGGCAGCGCAGAGCAGCCGCCGUGGGAGAGCGUCGCUGCGGCCGUUCCGCCCGUCCCGGGGCUACGCCAGUCCCUCCGGAGAGUCCGGGGUUUCUGUAGGCAAAAUCCUGGGUGCAGGUGUGCUGUUUGUGGGUGGAGGGGUAGGUGGCACCGUGCUGUACGCCAGCUAUGACACACACUUCCGCGAGAGCGUGGAGAAGGCCGUGCCCUACUCUGGGAAGCUCUUUGAGAUGGCACUUGGUCCUGCACCUUACAGCACACCCAUGCCAAAGAAACCGAUACAACAAGGUCCACUGAAGAUCUCAUCUGUAGCAGAAGUAAUGAAAGAGUCUGAACAGCCUGCUACCAAAUCCCAGCUGAGCAAAACAGAAGCUGUUGCUCCUUCUGAGGAAAAAGAAGCAGGCAAGGCUGCAGCACAGAUCAUCUCUGCAACGGGUGUAGCCAUGUCAGUGCCAGCUCCGGGGAUACAGACUGAAGAAGGUAAAGAACAGGAAGGGUCCCAUGCUCUAAAGGAACGGUCCCCAGAGGAAGUUGCAGCCCGGCUCGCCCAGCAAGACAAGGAAGAGCAAGAGAAGGUGUCGGCCCUUGCAGCAUCUCUGGAGGCAGCCCUGAGCAGCACAGCCCGUGUCACCCUGCAGGCCAUCACGGCGCAGGAGGCGGCGGCGCAGGCAGUGAACGCUCACUCGCAGGUCCUGAGGGAGGCCAUGGACAACUCUGAGGCUUCUGGGGAGAAGAAGUCGUCUCAGUGGCGUACCCUGGAGGAAGCGCUGAAGGAUCGGAGGAGGGCGGUGGAUGAAGCUGCUGAUGUCCUGCUCAAAGCCAAAGAGGAGCUGGAGAAGAUGAAGGGUGUGAUUGAGAACGCCAGGCAGGCUCAGCUGGCCGGGGCCAAGCCUCACAUCACUGCGGCCGAGGAGAAUCUCCAUCACAUGAUAGUGGACUUGGACAACGUGGUGAAAAAGGUUCAGGCAGCACAAUCUGAGGCCAAGAUCGUGGCUCAAUACCAUGAGCUUGUGGCUACAGCUAGAGAGGAGUUCCAGCGGGAGCUUGACAGCAUCACCCCCGACGUGCAGCCCGGCUGGAAGGGGCUCACCGGCCAGUUGUCCACAGACGACCUGAACUCGCUCAUCGCACACGCCCAUCGCCGCAUCGACCAGCUCAACAGGGAGCUGGCGGAGCAGCGGGUGAGGGAGCAGCAGCACAUCGAGGCAGCCCUGCAGCAGCAGAAGCUGGAGGACAAAAAGGCCUUUGAGGCAGCUGUGGCCAAAGCUCUGGAGCACCACAAGAGCGAGAUCGAGCUGGAACAGGAGAAGAAGGUGGAGGAAGUGCGGGAGGUGAUGGAGAGCGAGAUGCGGACGCAGCUGCGGCGGCAGGCGGCCGCCCACACCGACCACCUGCGAGAUGUGCUCAAGAUCCAGGAGCAGGAGCUCAAGGAGGAGUUUGAGCAGAACCUGUCUGAGAAGCUCAGUGAGCAGGAAAUGCAGUUCCGGCGCCUCACCCAGGAACAGCUCGACAACUUCACGCUGGAUAUCAACACUGCGUACGCCAGGCUGAAGGGCAUCGAGCAAGCAGUUGAGAGCCACGCGGUAGCGGAGGAGGAGGCGCGGAGGGCGCACCAGCUGUGGCUGGCGGUGGAAGGCCUCAAGUCCUGCCUGAGGACGGGCUCCGAGGACGGCCCCACAGAGCCGCUGGCGGGCGCGGUGGCCGCUGUCAAGUCGAGCUGCACCGACGACGCCUUCGCCGAGGCUCUGACGGCGGCGCUGCCGGCGCAGUCGCUGUCCCGCGGCGUGUACAGCGAGGCGGCGCUGCGGGCACGCUUCCGCACCGUGCACAGGCUGGCCAGGAGGGUGGCCAUGAUCGACGAGACCAGGAACAGCCUGUACCAGUACUUCCUGUCCUACCUGCAGUCGCUGCUCGUCUUCCAGCCGCGGCAGCUGAAGCCGCCGGCGGAGCUGAGCCCCGAGGACCUGGAUCCCUUCAAGCUGCUGUCGUACGCCUCGUACUGCGUGGAGCGCGGCGAGCUGGAGCUGGCGGCCAAGCUGGUGAACCAGCUGCGCGGCGAGGCGCGGCGCGUGGCGCAGGACUGGCUGAGCGAGGCGCGCCUCACGCUGGAGACGCGCCAGGUCGUGGACAUCCUGACGGCCUACGCCAGCGCCGUGGGGCUGGGCACCACGCAGCUGCACUGAGCCUCCCGUCUGCUCGCGCUGGAUUCGGUUUCAACCCCUCGGCGUCUGUGCGUCGGGUUUGUUUUCGGUCUGUCGUGACAAACACCUUCAGGAAGCUUCUGGCCCGUUUGUGUAACAGUUUUGUUUCCCCCAUCGGGCUUGUGCCCCAACCACAUUAAUGUGCUGCCAUUAAUGAUUUGCCACUGUCAGCAGAAUAAAACGAGGCUUCAACCAA